CAGAAAGCCCCCAGACGCCUGGGACUGACACACUCCUUCUGGCAGGGUAAAAGAAAAGGCACAACUAUUAAAUGACUUCAGUAACUGCUCUGACACUAUUUUCACAUCAGAAGAAACAAGCAAAAGGACAUCAACGCAACUCAAGAUCACACAGCAUUACAGGAUUUACUUUUUCUGAAGGAAUCAAAUUGAAUUCAUUUGUUUAUUAAUGUGUGGGUUUUGAUCAAAUAAGAAAACAUUUUCUAGAGAACAGAAAAUUCUGCUUGGAAUAACCUUGUAUUUAUCAAACGUUUAUGACGACGUCUGGACAUUAAAAUGGGUGACCACAAGACCAGAAUGAACAUGUUUUCUUCUGAUAACUCAAAGGACUUCACACAGCAGAGCACAGAUGGAAACCAGACAGAAAAAUCUCCAGCUGCAGGAAAAGCAAUGAGCCAAGGCCUUCUUUGUAAAGUGUGUGCUGACUCAAGCAGCGGUAAACACUACGGCAUCUACGCCUGCAACGGCUGCAGCGGCUUCUUCAAGCGCAGCGUGAGACGGAGACUCAUCUACAGGUGUCAGGCUGGAACUGGAAGGUGCCCUGUUGACAAGGCUCAUAGGAACCAGUGCCAGGCUUGUCGACUAAAGAAGUGUCUUCAGGCUGGGAUGAACAAAGAUGCUGUGCAGAAUGAGCGACAACCUCGAAGCACAGCACAGGUCAGCCUGGACUCCAUAAGUAUGGACACUAAAAAGGAGCACCUGGCCACUACACAGGAGCUCUCCUCAUCUCCCUCAUACUCCUCAGUCAUCUGUAGACCUCUGGUCACUUCCUCUGUUACCACUCCUGCCACCUUGCAACCCUGCAGCAACCCAAAUAAUAACCACCGCUUCAUGGUCAGCCUGCUGACUGCAGAGACCUGCGCAAAACUGGAACCUGAGGAUGAGGAGGAAAAUAUCGACGUGACGACCAAUGAUUCAGAGAGAGAUCCAUCUCCUUCCGAGUGCCGCGUGUCUCCGUUCACCUCCAGCUGUUCAGAGAGUGUAUAUGAAACAUCUGCACGGCUUCUCUUCAUGUCAGUCAAGUGGGCAAAAAAUCUGCCUGUUUUUUCUCUCCUACCAUUUCGAGACCAGGUGAUUCUGCUAGAAGAGGCUUGGAGUGAGAUGUUCCUCCUGUGUGCUAUCCAGUGGUCUCUGCCCAUGGACAGCUGUCCUCUUCUGUCUCUGCCAGAUUUUUCACCAACACAACAGUCUAAAGUUAGCCCCCCCACAGCUGACCUGCGCAUGCUGGAAGAGGUCUUCAGUCGCUUCAAGGCCCUGGCUGUUGACCCAACCGAGUUUGCCUGCCUGAAAGCCAUAGUUCUGUUCAAACCAGAGGCACGCAGCCUCAAAGACCCAGAGCAGGUGGAGAAUCUGCAGGACCAGUCACAGGUGUUGCUGAGUCAACACAUCCACUCAGUAUACCCAGGACAGAGUGGAAGGUUUGGAAGAUUGCUACUUCUGCUGCCGUCCCUCCACUUUGUGAGCUCCGAGAAAAUAGAACAACUCUUCUUUUCCAAGACAAUUGGCAACACACCCAUGGAGAAGCUACUGUGUGACAUGUUCAAAAACUAAGCCAGCAUCAGUGGAGGCUGACCAGCAUCAUCUAAUAUUUUACAUAGUUUAGCUUUGACCACAUUCAAGUUCAACAUGCUAUUACUUUUCAAUGAAAUAUUCCUCAGGUUACAGAGUGAAACCCACAUGCUAGGAUAGUUCAUGGUGUUCGUACUUUACAUGCUGACUGCAAUUGUCUUGGGGCAUCUGAAUAGAACAGUGGUACCACUGAUGUUAUUAGGAAGUUAUUUUUCCCAUUACAACAAAUUGAAUUUGUGCUGUUGAAAAAAGGCUUUUUGGGCUUCACAGUAAAAAUAAUGGGUCACAUCCAAUUUCAUGUAGACAAAAGGCUGCAGGGAAACACAUUUUAAUAAAGCUUAUAAAAAUGGAUAUAUGUUUGUUGAAUUAAAAUAUUUGUCUGAAAUAAAUGAUUCCAACUCA